AUGUCCAGGCAACUUAAGCAGUUAGGAGACGACAUAUGGAGAAAUAAAGUAGAGAAGGUGAACUCGGAGUUGUUUACGCUUACUUAUGGAUCGAUAGUGGCGCAGCUAUGCAAAGACUUUAACUACAACUAUGACGAGGUGAACAAUGAGCUAUUUCAAAUGGGGUAUAGCAUUGGAAUACGGCUGAUUGACGAAUUUCUUCAAAAGACACAACUUAGUCGUUGCGUCAACCUAAAAGACACUGCGGAGAUCGUUUCCAAGAUUGGGUUCAAGAUCUUCCUUAACAUCACUCCUACGGUGGCACACUGGGCAGCAGAUUACAGGUCGUUCGGACUUAUUCUCACGGAAAAUCCAUUGGCAGAUUUUGUAGAAUUACCGGAUGAUGGUAAAGCCAGCAAGAAACUCUGGUAUUCCAAUAUACUUUGCGGAGUGUUGAAAGGUUGCUUUGAAAUGGUGCAACUGGAUUGCGAUGUGAGUUUUAUACAAGAUACCUUGAAAGGAGAUGAUGCUACAGAGAUUAGGGUGAAAUUGAUUAAAAUUCUAAAGGAUGAGAUUCCGGCGGGAGAAGAAUAA